AUGGCCGGGCCGACGCUGACCUACUCCGCGAUCGUGUCCCACACCGCCGCCUUCCUCGCCGAGCUCAUCGCCGACCCGCUCCUGCGUCGGCACCUCCUAUCGGCGGCCGCGGCCGCGGACGGCGGCGGCGGGCAGCAGCACCCGGCGGCCACGCUCCAGGCGCUGUCCCUCGUGUCGGACGCGCUCGACACCGCCGCCUCAGGCUCGGCGUCCCCGUCGUCGCUCCGCGCCCCGGAGCGCCUGCUGCGGUCGCUGCCGGCCGCAACCCCGCUCUCCUGCCUCCUCCUCGCGCUGGCCCGCGCCGCGCGCCGCGGCGGCGGCGGUGCGGCCGCGGCCGCCGUGCUCGACCUCUUCGCGCUGGACCCCGCGCUGGCACGCCAUGAGCUCGCGCCCGCCGCCUUCGAGGCGCUCUUCGCGCCGCGGCUCCUCCCCGUCAUGCGCCACUUCGCCGCGCGCCGCGCCGCGGCCGCCGCCAAGGCCAUGGACGAGGAGGGCGGGUCGGACGAGGCCACGGCGGUGUCGGCGAUGCGAGUCCUGUCGCUCAUGAGCGGGGUGCAGGCGCAGGAGAUGCGGGCGCUGGAGCGUGAGUACGAGAAGGUGCUCGACGCCAACUGCAAGGAGUACGCGCUCUACCUCAAGAGGAUCCUCGAGGCCGGCGAGCCAUCGGCGGCGCCGAUGUGGGCGGAGACGGAGGAGCAGCCGGGCGAUCUUUACCCACGGCGGCAGAGCAGCGUCAGGGGCAGGAGGGACCUCAUGAGGCUGCCGAGCCUGUACCCGCAGCGCGUGCCGCCGCACCUCAUAGUGCAGCAGCAAACGCCGCCGGUGGGCAGAGCGAGCCGGGCGUCAAGGAUCCGAGCGGAGCACCCGCGGUCGCGGUCGCCGGCGGCACCAUCAGACGACAGCAUGGAGGAGUCUUCCUCCGAGCUCUUUGCCGGCAAAGAGGAAAAGAUCGCGGCGCCGCCACUGUCCUCCUCCAAGCAGCCACGCCCACGCGCCGACGCCGGCCGGCGGUCUCCGGAGCCAGCGAGCAGCAGCUCCCCAGUGCGCGGCAACGACGCCGCCGCCGUCGACACGCCGGGGCCGCUGCCAACGCCCAAGGACUUCAUGUGCCCGAUCACCAGCCAGGUGUUCGACGACCCGGUGACGCUCGAGACCGGGCAGACCUACGAGCGGCGCGCCAUCCAGGAGUGGCUGGACCGGGGCAACACCACCUGCCCCAUCACCCGCCAGCGCCUCCACGGCGCGCAGCUGCCCAAGACCAACUACGUCCUCAAGCGCCUCAUCGGCGCCUGGCGCGACCAGCAGCAGCCGUAG